UCGAAAUUGUUAGAGAGUCUUUCCCAACGAUGUGAUGUGAUUUAACUUCCCUAUUAUUGGUUAGUUGAUCAAGUUUGAUCCUGUGAAGUGCGUAGUAUGUGGGUUUGACCAUGAGGCCCAUAAGAGUACAAAUCUUCCCAACUCAAUAAUUCAAUCCCACACGUUCCUUAAAAGUCAAAGAAAUGUAUAGCUAUGCUGAUAUCUUGCAGUCAAGUUCGACUGCUUUGUCUCUCCCUCUCAUUUUACAGCUUUCAAAAGUACUUUUCUCUCUUCUCUCUUCUCUUUCUGUGUAACUGUCAGUGAGAGAGAGAGAGAGAGAGAGCUUUGGUGGAAGCCAUGGCAGUGGGAAUGGGAGUGAGGAGUGAAGGUGGAGAGGGGUACAAUGGAAGGAUGACAUCCUUUGUAGUGUUAUGUUGCAUGAUAGCAGCCACUGGAGGUGUCAUCUUCGGCUACGAUAUUGGAAUUUCAGGUGGAGUGACCUCAAUGGAGCCAUUUCUGAAGAAAUUUUUCCCAGAGGUGAAUACUAAGAUGAAAGAGGACACCGAGAUUAGCAACUACUGCAAAUUUGACAGCCAAUUGUUGACCUCAUUCACAUCCUCCCUAUAUUUGGCUGGCCUCAUCGCUUCCUUUUUUGCCUCACCAAUCACUAAAGCUUUCGGACGCAAGCCAUCAAUCCUUGCAGGAGGGGCUGCAUUCCUCACAGGUGCAGCUCUCGGUGGUGCUGCUUUUAAUGUGUACAUGCUAAUAAUUGGCCGCGUCUUGCUUGGCGUUGGGGUUGGCUUUGCAAACCAGUCAGUCCCACUAUAUCUCUCAGAAAUGGCUCCACCCAAAUAUAGAGGUGGAAUCAGCAAUGGCUUCCAAUUGUGCGUUGGCAUCGGUGUUCUAUCAGCAAACCUUAUUAACUAUGGCACCGAAAAGAUCAAAGGCGGAUGGGGUUGGAGAAUCUCCCUGGCUAUGGCUGCAGUCCCUGCUUCAAUUCUAACUCUAGGGGCCCUUUUCCUCCCAGAAACACCCAACAGCCUUAUUCAGCAGAACAGUGAUCAUCAAAAGGCAAAGUUGAUGUUGCAACGACUCAGAGGCACAGAGGAUGUCCAAGCUGAACUUGAUGAUCUCAUCAAAGCAAGUGAGAUAUCGAAAACCAUCAAACACCCAUUCAAGAAAAUCAUACAAAGAAAAUAUAGGCCUCAUCUUGUCAUGGCAAUAGCUAUACCAUUUUUUCAACAAGUAACAGGAAUCAAUGUCAUCUCCUUCUACGCUCCAGUGCUUUUUCGAACCAUAGGUCUAGGCGAAAGUGCGUCACUCUUGUCCUCGGCAGUUGUGGCUGGAGUUGUGGGUAUCAUCUCAACUUUCAUAUCAAUGAUGAUAGUUGAUAAACUUGGCCGGAGAGUUCUACUUAUAGUUGGGGGAAUACAAAUGCUAGUUUCGCAGAUAGUUGUAGGAAGUAUAAUGGCAGCUCAACUAGGAGACCAUGGAGGGGUGGGAAAAGGGUACGCAAUUGUGGUUAUAAUCUUUAUCUGCAUCUAUGUUGCUGGAUUUGGUUGGUCAUGGGGUCCUUUGGGAUGGUUAAUUCCAAGCGAAAUUUUCCCAUUAGAGAUACGAUCAGCUGGGCAAAGUAUUAACGUGGCAGUGAACUUUCUCUUCACUUUCGUUGUUGCUCAAAGUUUUCUUGCAAUGCUUUGCCACUUCAAAUCUGGGAUUUUCUUCUUUUUUGGGGGUUGGGCUGUAGUGAUGACCGGAUUUGUUUACUUGUUCCUACCGGAGACUAAGAAUAUGCCAAUUGAACAAAUGGAUAGAUUGUGGAGGGAACACUGGUUUUGGAAGAGAAUUGUGGGAGAUGAGUAUGAGGUGAGUAAGUUGGAGGGAGUAUAAAAAGUGGACUAUCACUCCAUUAAUGUUCUAAUUUUGUUGCUACUUUAAUUUCACUACUUGCACAGUUCAAAAAAUAAUAUAUGUGGCAAAAGUAAUGCCAUGAUAUCAAAUUCUUAUGUGUCA